AUGGAUUCUUCAUCUCCCCAACUCUCCGAAUAUCAGGCAGGGGCUAGGCGCCUCUACGCCAGUGGCGUGCUCACUGACUUCACAAUCAUUUGCGGUGACAAGCGCUACGAAGUCCACCGCGCGAUUCUCAUAUGCCACUCAGCAUACUUCAAGGCCUGCUUUCUUAGCGGGCUCAGGGAAGCAGAGCAGCGUGUCAUCGAUCUCAAGGACGAUCCACCACAAGCCGUUGAACUCAUGAUUCAAUACUUCUACGACCAGGAAUACGACGUGGGCGUUGAUGAGGAGUCCAAGAAAGCCGCCCCCUAUACCCACUCAACCGUCUACGCCGUUGCCGACAAGUACCUGGUCCCUGCUCUCAAGGCACUCGCGCGAGUCAAAUUCGGACUUGCACUGAAACAAGGCGUGUUACCACCCGGCGCAACCCAGCACAUUUACGAGUCCACCCCAGAAACGGACCAUGGUCUUCGAGAUCUGAUUUUCCUCGUGUACGCCACACACAUCCAGCGUGAGAAAGAGAACAACCUUGCGGGAUUGUCGGGAAAUGUCCCUCGUCUGAUUGGGAUGUACAAGCAUAACUACAACGAGUCACCGGAACUUGCGGCCGAGAUCGCCACGUUCGCAUCGUUUUCCCAGGCUGGUGUUUUGCGAUCGAGAGGGGUAGUGGGGGCGGAGGUCGGGUCGCAAGCGCUCAUCAACGAUGUGUUCGCCUAUCUGGGGAUGCGGGAGGACAAGACCAGAGAGACCAAAUUGCGCGCACUCACCGAUCUGAUCGGUAUCACAUCGUGA